CCUGUGCUGCCAGCCCUUCGCGUUUUGCGCCGCCGAGGGUCCCAUUCCUGUCAGGCUUGUCUCCACCGUGAGUCGCGACCAGAGGGGAGAGAGAGAGACCAUGAGAGGGGUAUGGAGUCGGCGUCGCGCAGGGAGGCACUCGCCGCUGCUGUCGCGCGCCGUCGUGUGCCGUCACUGUUGUCUGAGCAGUCAUCAUCCCCUCCGUUCUGUUGCUCUGGUCCGCCGCCGCCACUGUUGGAGGUCCGCCCGAUCUGAUCUGAAGGAAAGAAAGAGGUUCAGGCCGCCGUUGCUACUUGCGUUGUGUGCUGCUGCACCAGUUGCCGCCGCAGGUGUCGCUGCUGGAGAAGGGAGCUGUGCCUCUGUGUUUCUGGCAGCCGGGAGUGGUUCCGUGACUUUCGGGACCACCGCCGAAGCUUCUGGCUAUUUCUGCCAAUGCCGGAGAAUCCUGCCGUCGCCGUCGCCGGAGUCUGAUCACCGUUGCCGCCUGGGAUGGCUCCCGGGGCUGCCGCCAAGCCGGUUCGAAGACCGCCGCUGUUUCGGUUUAGCCAUUCUCCCUCGGUCUUGUCUUAUGUAUGGUUUGGUGGACUUGAAAGAUUAUGAAUGUUUGUUUGACUAG